AUGUGGACAGAUGCCCAGAAAGACCUCGACAUCCAGCUCCAAAGAGAAAGAGAAGAGUUCCUCCAGCCAGACAAGGACCGUGUGGAAGCGUUCAAGAUGUUAGCUGCUUCCUACAUCAAAUACAUGCAAAUCUUCCGUAACUUGGAGACGGCCCACGACCGACUCAUUCACCGGCAGAAACGGAUGGUGAUUCGGCAAGUGCUAGAUGGCGUGAUUGGCCGGAUCCUGGAAAUAAAAAAAGAGAUGGUGGAGCUGGAGAACUCGGAGUUUCAUUACAUUGAUAAUAUCCUGGAAGAUCUAAAACUUCUCCCGGAAGACAUAGAAGUACCUAUUCCAAGGUAUUUCAUUAAAGAAAAGCUGGAAGUCCUGCAGCAGAGGGAGAAAAUCCUUGAUCAGAUUUUGCUUGAUGCUGGAUUGCAAACACAGGUAAUGAAGAAACCCGUCAAGGUCAUGACAUUUGAAGAAGCCAUUAAAAUGAUCCAGGUUGCAGAACGGGCUCGUCAAGGCCGUUGUCGAGCAGCAUUCAUGAAGCAAAUUUACCUUGAAGAGAAGAGAGAAAGACAAACUAAACUUCAGGUCCAGAUGGGUCCGAGUCCAGAUGCUGCUGCCACUUGCAUUCAAAAGGUUUGGCGUGGAUAUAUCCAGCGCAAGAAAACAGAGAAAAUGAGAGGAGAGGAAAUGAUAUUUCUGGGGAUGAGCCUACCUCCUCACUUAAAGGCAAUGAAUAUUUCGCAGAUGCAUGCUGGGCAAGUAAACGCCCUGGAAGUUGAGGUCCAGGAGAGGCAUGAGGAGGUAUUCAUCAAGGACAAGCUGAGAGAAACAGAGGGGCUUGACAUCAAGGAAACACUCCAGGAUCAGAUUAGCCAGUGUUUCAUCGAGUGCCGGCAUAUCAUAGGCAAGUUUCCAGACUACCCCACUGAAGAGGCAGGAGGUUCAAUGGCUAUUCUUUCUCAAAAAACUCCAGAGCAGGAAGAGGAGGAAGGCUGGAAAAUGGCUCCCAGUAAUUUCCUUUCAAUAAUGGAGGAAGGAAACAGUCAAUACAAAGCCAUUUGGCAGAACAGAGGCGAGGGAUGGGAUUUUCUCCAGGAUCAUGACCCGGAGCUGAUCAAAGAAGAGAAACGGGAAGAAGUGGAGGAAGAGAUCAGAGUGCAGGUUGAUGAGUUGAUGCAACAGAAACUGGAGAAUCUCAAACUGGCUGUGGAUGGAGAAAAGAGCGACAAACAGAAAAAAGGAAGAAAAAGUGAAAAGAAAAAGAAGACGACCAUGAGGAAAAAGAUACCUGAGGUGGAGGAAGAUCUUACUCCUGACAGGACCAUCGAUUCUCUGUACAGGGAACUAGUGGAAGAAGGAUUACUAAUAAAAGCCAAGACCGUGAAUCUCUCCGAUUAUGUUGGCGAGUACAGCUAUCUGGGGACCACACUUCGUCAGGUAGAUAUAGAGCCAAUGCCCUCUCUUGCAGAUGUCAGACAGCUAAUAGCACUGUAUGGAAUAUUGCCAUUAGGUUCCCAAACUGUCCAUGAAAAGGCUCCUUUGGUGAAAGCCUUGUUACUAGCUGGACCUGCUGGUGUUGGAAAGAAAACAUUGGUCCAUGCCAUCUGCACAGAAACAGGAGCCAAUCUCUUCAACUUGUCUGCUUCCAACAUUGCUGGGAAAUAUCCAGGCAAGAAUGGCCUGCAAAUGAUGCUUCACAUGGUUCUCAAGGUGGCUAAGCAAUUGCAGCCUUCAGUCGUGUGGAUUGGAGAGACAGAAAAAAUAUUUUCCAAAGCAGCACCGAAGGCUGAAGAGACGAACCCAAAACGACUGGAAAAGAUCCUCCCCAAAUUCCUUAAGGCUUUGAAAGCACAGGACAGAGUGCUGCUAGUGGGAACCACCAACCGUCCCUUCGAUGCUAAUGUUAAAUCCUUCUGCAAAGUUUAUCAAAAAAUCAUUCUGAUUCCUAGGCCCGACUACGCUUCAAGAUUUGUGUUAUGGAAACACAUCAUCCUGCAGAACGGUGGAGCAAUCACCAACUUGCUGAACAUAAGCUGCCUAGCAAAGGUGUCCGAUGGUUUCACCCAAGGACACAUCAUCCAGGCGGUGCAGGCUGUCCUGAGCGAGCUACGCCUCCUACAGAUGACCAGGAAGCCACUGAGGACUGCCGAAUUCAUGACUUCUCUGGCCAGACAGGACCCAGUGUACAAAGAGGAGGAGGAAACAUUUAAGGCUUGGUAUGCCAAGACACCACUGGGUAAAGCACGCAUCAAAGCGCUGGCAGACAGUGAGAAAGCAGAAAAAGGAAAAGUGUCAAAAGCUAAUUUUUCUCAGGAGCAAAACAGCAUGGCACGAAAUCGAGUGAAGGGCUUGUUGAAGCUCGUGGUGCCGUCCAGCUCCUCUGUUUCCACGUCCCGUAGCAUUUUGGCAAAGAAAAGCCUGUUGGAUGGCAGCGAUGCUCCUGGUGGAGAUCCAGCUAGGGAAUGGGGUGAAUCUGAUUCAGUUUUUGAGUUUGGGGAAAGGGACUGGGGCUUGAGUCCCGAGGUACCCAGCACUGGCUCCUCACCCUAUAAUCGUUUAUAA